AUGAAAGUAAUGAACCAAACAUCUCCAGGCAGGUUCAUCCUCCUUGGCCUAUCUAAUGUCCCGUUUCUCCAGUCUAUCUUCUUCUUCCUGUUCCUAAUGAUGUACAUAAUGACAUUGUCAGGAAACCUCCUGCUGAUCAUUGUGGUGAGGAUCAACCCAAAACUACAAACCCCCAUGUAUUUUUUCUUGACGAACCUCUCCAUUCUUGACAUCGGCUUCUCCUCCAACAUUGUUCCAAAAAUUCUCAUGAACACUUUGUUAAUGGAUAGAAGUAUCUCCAUGUUGGAAUGUGCCGUACAGAUGUACUUCCAUUUGGCUUUUGGAUCAACGGAGUGUAUCAUUCUGGCCGUCAUGGCGUAUGACAGGUUUGCUGCCAUCUGUAGACCAUUGCACUACAACACCAUCAUGAACAAGAAGAUCUGUGCCAGUUUAGCUGUAGGGUCAUGGUGUAUGUCCUUCAUGAACUCUGCCAUCCAUGUCACCUUCACAUUCCAUCUCGCCUACUGCAAGAGUCCUUACAUCCACCAUUUCUUCUGUGAGAUACCGCUUUUCCUUCGAAUGUCAUGUCAAGACACUAGGCUCAACGAGAUCGGAAUGUAUAUUGGGGCAAGCGUCAUUGUUAUGUGCUCUUUCAUUUUGACUCUAACCUCAUAUGUCCACAUCAUCUACGCCAUCUUGAAGAUCCGUUCCUCAGAUGGAAGACAAAAGGCUUUCUCAACAUGUGCUUCUCACCUGACCGUAGUGAUUCUCUACUAUGGGACCAUAAUGUUUGUGUAUCUACGACCCCUCUCUACUUACUCUCCGGAAACAGACAAAACUGUGUCUAUUAUUUAUACCACCGUGACGCCGAUGCUGAACCCCAUCGUCUAUAGCAUUAGGAAUGAGAAAGUCAAAAACACCAUUAAAAGAAGACAAACGGGAGACAAAGAGCUCUGAUGGAAAACAUUGAUUUGUGUAUACUUUUCCUUAUAUUCCAGCAGAGGCUACAUAA